UUUAGUGUGCAGUAAGAACUGAGAAUAAUAGCUAUGUCCUUAAAGAGAUAAAAUUUCUAACUAGUCUAUAGUUAUCUAAUGUGAACAUUAUUUUUUAUAGAUAAAAUGGGUCGACAUUCCACCAAUGAAAAAAGGCAGAAAAGAAGGGAAAAAAGACGUAAUAAAAGACUGGAAAAGGCAAGGAAAGAAACUAGCAAACCAGAAAAGUUUGAAACUGUCUCUCCUAUGAACUUGGACAUCGUAGAUGACACCUUUGAUACCACAGAAAAGGAGAUUGAACAGGAAAUCAAAGAAAGGGGAAUCAGAAUUGACGAUACAUUUGUGGCAAAAAGAAACAGGACAGCUCAAGAACUGUUUGGAGCAGAGGACAGAGAAGUGGUUAAACUUAAAAAGAUCCUAGAGGAUGAGCAACACAAAAGAGACAAAUUGAGGCCUGGAUUUGAAGAUAAUGUGAAAUAUGGAGAUCAAGAAAACAACAGCCAGGAUUCAUGA